GAUUUGGUCUUGAUGUAAAACUCUGCUUACGAAUGGGAAAAAGUACUUUUAGAAAAUGCUUGUUCUGUUCUUGUUAAGGUAGAAGAGUCAGCUUGCUCUCCCUGACCACAAACAGUGGCUGAGGACUACAGUGAAGGCUUAGGUGGGUGGGGGGUGGUCCUGAUAUUACUGCCAACCUAAAUACCUGUCCCUUCUUGCUGUUUCUUUGAGUGAAAAGUUUUAGUUUUUAAAUGCUUGACUCCUUUAUGCCCAACAUCUUACCUUUUUAAUGUUUGUGUUUGAUGUAUCUGCAGUAGUUGUGUGGAAAGCUGACAUUUGUAAGGUACCAAAUGGAGGCAGUGACAUUGUAUAGGACAUCAGUCAUCACCAGGGGACCCAAAGAGACUCCUAAACCAACCUCAUUUUAGAGACCAGUGGUGAAGCUGAAGUGUAACCUGUGUGAUCAUUUUAUAAUUUGCAAUUAGUAUAUGCCCUCUCCUGAAAAGGUCUUAGUUAUACCUUCAUUCUUAAAUGCCAUGCUGCCUGUGUUAAUGUUCUUCCCUGGUAGACUGAGCAAGAGUCACGCCUGGCUUGGGGGAAGGGUAUGUCACUGUUGCCAAAAGGUGGAUUGAUAAUCCGUGGCUGGGCCUGGGCCUGUUAAACCUACGGCUGUUGGCUGAGGUGUGUCUUUGCACAGCAAUGGUGGCGGUAGGUGGAGCCCUAUAGACUUCUUCCUUUAGUACUAGACCUUAGUUCUUCCCUGGUUGUGUAGUACUCUGUUGCACCUGGGUAACUGUUUAACAUCAGUUCCAAAGUCUCCUUGUUUCCUGAAGUUCUUAUAAGGCAGAAUGUUAGUUUACUUAACAUGUAGUGUUCUCUGUAUGUGAAAUCUUUAUUUUUUCUGAGACAGGGUUUCUUAGUGUAGCCGUGGCUGUCCUGGAACUCACUCUGUAGAUCAGGCUGUCCUCAGGCCCAGAGAUCUGCCUGCCUCUAUCUCCUGAGAACUGGCACCACCACUUCUUGGCUGAAAUCUCAAUUCUUGGCAGCCCAGAAUGAAAGAAAAUCUUAGUGCUGUUCUUAAAGUAGAAGUAAGAAGUCAACCUAUUCUCUGACCACAAGGUGUCGCACUUAGUGUAGCAGUUGCUGCUGAGAAGGCUUGGUAGGUUAGCCCCAAGACUUUGCCCUUCUAGCUCCUUUGAGUGCUAGAGAACCCUGUGUCCACUGGGUUCUUGCACUGACCCCAAAUAAAAGAUGGCCUUUGUUCCAUUGGAUCAAGCAUGUCUAGCCCUGUGUGUGUGUUGCCCUUCUUGGCAGCAGUCACUGGUGGGGCCAGUUGGCAUCCUGGACUGGUACAGGUGAGAAGCCUCUCCCAAAGCUCGUGUCCUAUUGAUAUUUAGGGAGAGGUACCUUGGAAGGAAACAUCUCAGCUCUGCUACCUCUUGUUCCUCUCCUGAGAAAAAAACAAUUCCCGGGCAACCUUUGGGAAUUUCUUUUUUAAUAGGAUUUCAUGUAGCUCAGGCUGGCCUGAAUUUACUAUGUAACAGAGGCUGGCCUUGAAUUCUCUGUCUGCCUCCUAGGUACUGGGAUUAUAGGUCUGACUGAUCUUUGGAAAUUUUAUUAUAGAAUGGGUAAGAGGGAGCAAUCUCCUUGUAUAGUGAGCCCAUAGAUUCCUGUCAAGCUGUUUUCUCCAGGGCUUGGUUGAGAGCCAGAAGUUGCCUUGGUCAUCUUGGUCAGGGUUUUUGUAAACCAAAGUAGAAUUCUUUUGGUUAUUUUCCAAGUUGUUUGUGGCAGGGAGAUAUUGAAGCCAUAAAAUGAAGUCCUUACUGUGGUAUCCCUGUGACAGGCCAAGUCUUGCUUCCUAGUCUACCUGCUUAUGAACUGCAAGGCAGAGUUGGGAUCCCAUUGCCAGUCACACUGAGAAGGGUUAGGCCACUAGGGUAUAGGUGAACCAGGAGAGCAGCGUGCUGCAUCUGAUGAGGGGGUCCCUUGCCCUCCCCCAACCCUGAGCUUUGACCCUGGCCAUAGAGGCUGUCUUUCUUGACAUACAGGUAUAUACUAGGUAUGGGUCAUUGCAGGUUUGAGUGCUGAUACUUCCUCAUCAUCCAGAGUAAUCUCACCAAUAAAUAUAAGGGCCAAAGGCGCUUUUGAGGGCUUGAGGCAUUGACAAUAUGUGUGAAACACUUUUAAGAUUAACUUCUGCUGUUCCUGGAGAUGACGAUUUGCCUGGGAGCUGGAAACAUGAGGGAUAGGCACUUCCUUUACAUUCCCCUACUCUAGUUUUGUUAGGCUUUUCUGACUGGUUGUGACCUGGAGCUGGGUUUGCUUGCUUGGCCACCUUUCACCUUUUUUUGGUGUGGGAGUUGAGGGGGCUCUAUUCUAGAACAUUCUGUUCUGAUUACCAGGACCCAAACCCACUGGAACCAGUGUGUGUUGGGGAUGCAGCUCCUGUUUCUUUAUAGAGCAGUUAGAUCCACUGGCUGUGACUGUUCUUAGCCACAGCUUUUACCAGUGGGAGAUCAUCUGGCUAUUAGUAAUCCUGGUCCAGUCUCACAAGGGCCACUACCUCAUAGUCACUGAGGUGAAGAUACCAUUGACUUGGCUUGGCCUCAGCUGACCAACUUGCAGCCUGAAGGUGAUUCAGAAGACCUCUUCCUCUGGGAACCUGCCACUGUAUCACAAGUACUAGAGGGGGAAAUUCCACUGGUCAGAGUGACCUGUGCCUGUGCUAACUUCUUAGGAGAGAGGCCUGGGGACAGACGGUAGAGGUUGACCCCAUGACUGGUGUAGACAAGUUAGACCAGAGCCUCUACUUGCUCUGCUUCUGCAGAGAUCAGCCUGGUAGGCCUCAUGUAAGUAGAGGAGAACCACUGGCUGGGAGGGGCAGGCAACCAGGUGGUGGAGAUGCUCUCCUCCAGUGCCCUGUGUUGGGGGUUUAGAGUAGGGGCUGCAUCUGGUGAAUGAGUUGUGUGUGAGAUUUGUAGAAAGCUUCCUAAAGUGAAUGAAUUACUUGGGAUUCACUGCCCUGAAGGUAUGAAAGAUGCCACAGAGUCGAUGCUGACAGCACCCCUACCUCCACCCCUAGCUUAACUAAAUAAAAAUUUUGCUGAAAAGAGGCCAGGGAACUGUUUGUGCAGGGGACAUGCAGCCCUGCUCCUCCUCCCUACUUCUUUAAAAGGGGUGAUUGAAUCACUGGUCACGGGGGUCCCGCCCUUGCACUGCUCCGCCUUCCAGGCAGUGGAUGAGCCCUGUGUGAACCCUCCCCUUGGAGCCUGAGAGGCUUAGAAAGGAGGGAGGGCUCAUUUGGUGUUGGGGCACCGGCAAGGGUACUAUGCAGGAGGGGAGACUGGAGGAGACGAUAGUUCUCUGCUGUGCUCUGGCUCAUCCUGCAGACAUGCACCAGCGGCAACCGGGCUCGUUUUUGGGCCUCGCCCCCGCGCAGGGGCUUUGAAUGCGGCCGCCCCCAUGAGAACACUGGCCCGGUCUCCCAUCCCUAAGCCUUUGCCUGUGGAAACCGAGCCAUGUGGGCCUGGGCUUGGGCCACAGCAGCCCUCCUCUGGCUGCAGACUGCAGGAGCGGGGUCACGGCAGGAACCCAAAAGGACUCAGCAGCUGGCCAUUCGUGUGGAGUCCCCUAAUAUUACCACACCCAACCACGAGGGAUUGCCAGGCUCCUUCAAGCCACUAGGGGCCUCUGGUCCUGAACUCUCAGAUGCCCACAUGACAUGGCUGAACUUUGUCCGCCGGCCAGAUGAUGGGGCCUCUAGGAAACGGUGCCGUGGACGGAAUAAGAAGUUGCGAGGCCUCUCGGGUCUCCCAGGGCCCCCGGGACCCCCUGGCCCUCCUGGUCCUCCUGGUUCCCCUGGUAUGGACGUCACCCCAGAGGUCCUGCUGCAGGAAUUUCAGGAGAUGCUGAAAGAGGCCACGAAACUUCGAUUCUCAGGGCUACCAGAUACAUUGUUACCCCAAGAACCCAACCAUCAGCUGGUGGUUGAGGCCUUCCACUGCCGCUUGAAAGGUCCUGUGCUGGUGGACAAGAAGACACUGGUGGAGCUGCAAGGAUUCCAGACUCCUACUGCCCAGGGUGCCUUCCUGCGGGGAUCUGGCCUGAGCCUGGCCUUGGGCCGAUUCACAGCACCAGUCUCUGCCAUCUUCCAGUUUUCUACCAGCCUGCACAUUGACCACAGUGAGCUACAGGGCAGAGGCCGGUUGCGUUCCCGGGACACUAUCCGUGUCCUCAUCUGUAUUGAGUCUCUGUGCCAUCAACACACGUCCCUGGAGGCUGUAUCAGGCCUGGAGAGCAACAGCAAGGUCUUCACAGUGCAGGUUCAGGGGCUGUUGCAGCUACAGUCUGGACAGUAUGUCUCCGUGUUCGUGGACAACAGUUCUGGGGCAGUCCUCACCAUCCAGAACAGCUCCAGUUUCUCUGGACUGCUUUUGGGUACAUAGAGAAGCUGAAGAAACGAUGAUUGGGGGGCCAGCGCCUUGCAUCUUAGAGGAACUACAAAGGACUGCUCCCCAAUUAAUAACUGUCAUAACAAUAAAGAGCUCCAGAUUUCUCCAUCA